ACGAGUCGCGUUAUGGUGAACCUUUCUCUGCCGUCACUUCUGAGCCACUACGCUUCCGAAGAGCCUGUGACCGCGCCCCUUUGCCUGUGUAGCCCAUGGGAGACACCGGCAGAGCGAUCCACAGGGACACGACCAUCAUGAAGUUCUGUGCAAAGCGAACUUUCUUCUUUCUAAUGUCUGUCAUAUGUUUCUGCGUUGCCGCCGAUCUGCAUGCCCCUGAAGUCCACACAAAACUUGGGAGCCUGAGAGGUGAGUAUGUGAGCGUAAAGGAGAAGGAGACUGGAGUCCACACCUACCUUGGUGUCCCAUUUGCCAAGCCACCCAUAGGCCCUGCUCUGAGACUGGCUGCACCUCAGCCUGUAGAGGGAUGGGAAGGAGUGAGAGACGCCACCAAGCAGCCACCCAUGUGUAUUCAGUAUAAAGAGCUUGUGAUAGAUCUGCUCUAUAAGCUCAGUGGCUUUGUGGUAGAUCUUCCAGACAUUUCAGAAGACUGCCUUUACCUCAACAUCUACACUCCUGCAAACAGAGUUCAUGAUGCCAAGCUCCCAGUCAUGGUCUGGAUCCAUGGUGGAGGAUUUUCUAUAGGUUCAGCCUCAACGUUUGAUGGCUCUGCCCUGGCUGCUUACCAGGAUGUGGUUGUGGUUUUGAUCCAAUACCGCUUGGGACUUCUUGGCUUUCUCAGCACUGGAGAUGAGCACAUGUCUGGGAACUUCGGACUGCUGGACCAGGUAGAAGCUCUGAGGUGGAUCCAACAGCAUAUUCACAACUUUGGUGGAGACCCAGAUUUAGUUACAAUCUUUGGAGAGUCUGCUGGUGGAGCGAGCGUAUCCCUCCUGCUUCUGUCACCAUUGUCGCAUGGCCUGUUUCACCAUGCCAUUGCUGAGAGUGGCACCGCUGCAAUGGAUUUACUCGUAAAUGAUCCUCUGCCAGUGACGCAGAUGGUAGCAAAUGUAACUGGCUGUAGCCUGGAAAGCACAGAGAAGACCGCCGAUUGCAUGAGAAACCUUGAUAUCGAGACUAUUGUGACUAUUGGAAAGGAUAAAACAUUUAGAUUUCCCGUAAAUGUUGAUGGACACUUCCUGACAAAACCUGUGGAUGAGCUGUUCCAUAAACAUGAGCUUGUCACUAUUCCAUUCAUGACGGGCGUUAAUAAUGAUGAAGGGGGCUGGUUACUUCCUAAUUUCUUUGCUCCUCCAAACUGGACAGAGGGGCUGGAUCAGGAGCAGUUCAUGGACAUGCUGUCCCUCCUUUACUAUGAUCCCAAAGAUGCAUUUAUCAGAGAUUUGAUGGUGGAUGAAUAUAUUGGAACUGGUGAAGAUCGUGUGAAAAAUAGAAACGGCUUCACUGAGUUGCUUGGAGAUGUGUUAUUUACCAUUCCAGCUAUUAAGGCUGCUAAUGCCCACAGAGAUGCAGGCGCCCCUGUUUACCUGUAUGAGUACCGGCAUUCUCCCAAAUUACAGCAGGCUAUAAGGCCCAGCUUUGUUGGGAGUGACCAUGGAGAUGAAAUCUUAACAGUAUUAGGACUCUGUCUCACAACUACCCAUGUCAAAUUAGCUGAUGCUUGCCCGGAAGAGGAGGUACAAUUUAGCAGAACCAUGAUGAACUACUGGGGAAACUUUGCUCGCACAGGGUCUCCUAAUGGGGAUGGCCUUGUCCACUGGCCAAAGUAUGGAGCAGAAGAAGACUACCUGAUAAUUGAUUUAAAGGAACAGGUAUCUGGUCAGCACCUGAAGAAGGAGCGGUUUGACUUCCUUACUCAGACCCUCCCAGAGAAGAUCCGACAACAUAGGGAGAAAAUAGAGCACAGGGAGCUGUAGAAAAGUCAGCUUUGCUUUCUCCGUUCCAUCAAUAGUUUUCAUCAUUACCCACAAACAAGUCAGCCAAAAAUGCACCUGACUUACUGUGAGAUGUUUGUGAUACUACUGGGAAAAUAAAAAUAACAUUUUAACCAACUGAAAUACAUUUGUAGUACCUUGGAAGAUUUUAAAAUUCCACAGUUGAACUUAAAAAGUGUGUAUUUAUGUGUGUGUGUGUGGCAGCAGUUAAUAAAGUUGGGGUUAUACUGUU